UACAGGUUCUGGAAAGAAAGUCACUGUCCGUGAAGUCCUCCCGCAAUCAUCAAAACCCAAUUUUUUUCGCCGGACCGUGAUGCGCACGGGCCAUUCAAUGUGCUUAGUCAUUAUGGCCUUUAUUAGGCGGUUCCCAAUCGGAACUUUUUCUUUUCUCUUGUAAACCACCAGAUUUUGACCUUCGGGCAAAAACAAGAGAAUUGGGAUGAUGAUGAGCAUCCAUCGUGACGUCGCAGUAUGACGAUGUUUGGACAUCUCUUGCUACUUGUCAAUUGUAUUUAGUUACUCACGGCUCUUGGUUACAGCCUGUCCGUGACCUCGUCACAGGGCUGGGAGCACCCAGAAAAAUCUUUUUUUUCUGUAUACUAUCAAUACAACUAUCUUUUCUAUUACAUUAGUUAUGGCUUCUCAAUCCAAUCCAAUGUCUGCGUCCGAGGCUGCAGCUGCCUCUGCGAAGUCCGAGCCCACAAACAAAAAUGCCCCUCAAGGUCGUCCUGGCCGGCUCUCUAGGCCCAACUACAGACAAAUUCAUCGUUUCCCUCUUCCCAUCAAUGUGCAUCCUCUGCCUCCUCUAAUACCACAUAACCCUCUGUCCAUUGUCAGCGUGCUGCUCUCGUAUUUAACAUACUUGAUUGCUCCCCCGCACCAUGAAGUCUACUCGGCUUACUUUGACUCCGAGACAUCAUCCGUUCAUGUUACAGAUGCCAAAGCCAUCCGAGCAUUGUGGGAGAUGGGCUUCUUUGGCAAAGGAAGUCUGAGUCGAAGUGAGCCUAGCUGGUUGGAACGGGAGAAGAAGAGGAGAGGAUUACUCGGUGGCGUUACCAGUGAAGAGGUUACACGCCAGCGGAGAACCGAGCGUCGUGAGUUGAAGCUAGAGAGGGCAAGGAUGGAGAAGCUGGCCAUCGAACAGAGACUUAUGGCAGAAGCUGCCGCAAGGGAAGCCGGCGACACAUUGAUUGAUCAGUCGGCUCUGCCACCAUCCGCAGAUGGUGUCACUAAUGGUAAACUUGCUACAGAGAAGUUUUCCCUGAGGAAGGCUAGGGAGGCCAAAUUGUCUGAGUCACAACGCUCGGUAGCACAAACGGAGAGAACCGAUACACCCGACGCCCCUGAUAGCUCUCCCUCCAACGGGAGUAAGACUGUGCGGUUCUCUCCGGUCGUUCAAGCAAAGGAGUUUGUUUCUGAUUCGAGUGUCGUGCGUGCGCCCGAUUCGACAAUUGACGAACACGGAAUUGAGGAUGAGCCUUCACUGAACAAUGAAGAACACCUUCAAUUGUCUAACGAGGAGGCUUUCUUUCUGGUAUACGGGCUUGGCGCUCUACAGAUCGUCGAUGGCAGACGAAAUGCCGUUCUGUCUCCUCCCUCUCUACUGUCUCGGUUCUGUCAGCAUUCUUACUGCCCUCCUCGUGAUCUUUCAGCCAAUUUAGAACCGGACGACCCUUUCAUGAUAUCCUACAUUGUGUAUCACCACUUUCGGUCCCUUGGAUGGGUUGUGCGCUCCGGAGUGAAAUUCGGCGUGGACUACCUCCUCUACAAUCGCGGGCCUGUUUUCUCGCAUGCAGAGUUUGCAGUUGUGGUCAUACCAUCAUUUGAGCACCCUUACUGGUCUGAAAAUGAGGAGAGGAAGGCUCAUUGUGCUAGGAAACAGGCGCGCAGCUGGUGGUGGCUCCAUUGUGUUAACCGAGUGCAAGCCCAGGUGAAAAAGAGCCUGGUGGUCUGCUACGUGGAAGUACCACCACCCAUGUCCGGAGAAACCAACGUCUCUUCAGAGGAUAUCGGCGCUCUUCUUGCUCGGUAUACGGUACGAGAGAUGUUGAUCAGGCGAUGGGUGCCAAACAGGACUCGGGACUAGUGAGGGAUCCUCGUUUUGUUUCCAUGUAUUAUACAACUCAUCUAUCUUCUUCGGUUCUAUCUGAGAAUGACCAGCUUCCUUCGUCCGAACGGUAACCGGAGGAACUGACUAGCGGCUAUGUAAC